CAAAAAAAGCAAACAAAAAAUUAAACUUCUAUGUAUAAAAAUGUUAUCAAAAACAAGCUUUAAUCACUUAGUCCAUUUUCAAUUUUGAAAGUCUUGAAUUUCUUGGUCAAUUUGGGUCCGCCUAUCAUAGCGGUUUUGGUCAGAGGUUUGUCGGUUCCAGAUUUUGAACAUCAAAGAUGGUUGGAUAUGGUAUGUGGGUCGGAAUAGUUUAAACACUAAAGUUUGUUUCAAAGGAGUAAGAACAGAGUAAAGAGAAAGAUCUGAUGGUUAGGGUUUGUGAGAGAUGGUUAAGGGUAAGUAGUAAAGAGGUUUAAGGCUUUGAAAAAAUUUGUGAAUACCAUAUUAUCAGCCAAGGGGUGACUUGUAAAACGAGUAACUUAACAAGAAAAAUAAAAAGUAAAAAAUAUCCUUCUUCUAACCCCCAAACUUGGGUGACCUUCACGAGGUCCAACCUGUCCACACAUCAUGUGGUCAAUAUCCCAAGUAGAAGUAUGGAUGCGAUCAAUAGAUAAAACGUUAGCCACAGGUUCGAGUACCACCCUGUUAAAGCCGCCCAGGCCUGGCGAUGGUCAACUAACACAUUCUGGUUGACUUUCAGGCGAGCUGAAUUAUUGCACCCUCUCUGAUGGAUGACCUGCAGGCAAUUGAUAAAAAUUCAAAGUCCCGCCAGCAUUGAACGUGUUAAGUGUGGAUAGAGGUGGUUUAAAGCCAGCCAGAAGAUGGUCUAAUAAUGAACAAACCAAACAAUAAGAAAAAUGAAUGUAAACACCGAAACCACAAUGACAAAAAAAUAAAUUAGAAAGAAAAUAUUCUAUAGGAAAUUCUGAAGACUAGGUGAAAUGGAGGAAAACAGUGUGAGGGAACAAAGAGAGAACGUAAUAAUAAUUAAUAAAUCUCCGUCUAAAACUCAAAAAUAGGUAAUAAGCCGGAGAAAAUGUUUAAAUAAAUAAAUAAAUAAAAUUGACUGAUGCAUCCUAAGUCAAACAUAAAUAUGAUCAAUCACAGGUUUGGGAAAAUCAUUUAUAUCAUCAAUCAAAUAUAAAUAAUCCAAUCAUCAUUGGAAUUUCCAGACAAUAUGUCGUCUCAAUGUAAAUAAUAAUGUUUGUUGAGAUUUUUUGGACCUGGUCCAAGGGUGACUGGACGUUUUGGUCUGCAAAAAUAGAAAUACAGGCAAGAAUAGAGCUUUUAUUUAUUUUCCUCCUUUCGCCUCGUCAUCCUUAGAACGACAAUUCCUUUGUCAAUACAUCGAUGGAGGGAAAGCAAUUUUUUUUACGUACAAGAACAAACAUAUGAUAAAAUGGGUUAAAAUAAAUUGUAAUAAUUAUACAUAAAACAAAUGGGGAAUUUUUAUCAUGGAUGACAAAUGAGAAAAUAAAUAUAUUUUAUAAAUAAUUUGACUUUAGUUUUCUACUUUUUCUGUACUUAGUUAAGUUAAAUAAUUGUUUAUAAUGCUAAGUAGCAGUAUGGAUGUGGCAGAGAUUGUAAAUAAUAUAAUAAGAAACCACAAGGUGGUAAUAUUCAGCAAGAGCUGGUGCCCAGUGUGCACCAAGGCAAAGAAGUUGUUCAAAAAGAUGGGCAUAGGGUAUAGCGCAAUCGAGCUGGACGUGCUCGAGAAUGGCCAGGAGAUGCACGAUGUCCUGAUCAAUAUGACGGGCCUGAGGACAGUGCCGAGCGUGUUUAUAAACCAGAAGCACAUCGGCGGAUUUAUGUCGCUCUUCCCAUAUUACGAAUGCUGCGUACUUAAGAGCAUGGUGUGUGGAUAUCCGACCGAGUUUGAGUAUGAUGUUGUUGUAAUAGGUGGCGGGCCGGCCGGCCUAGCGGCAGCGAAGGAGGCGGCCAUACUCGGCAAGUCAGUCGCAUUGUGCAACUUUGUCAUGCCAAGCCCUCAAGGUUCAAUGUGGGGAAUUGGAGGAACAUGCGUCAACGUAGGAUGCAUACCAAAAAUACUAAUGCGCCGGGCAGCAGACCUGCGCCAUCACCUAACCGAGGCGCCUUCUUUUGGUUGGGUCCAAUCCGCAGAACCAUCCAAUGAUUGGAAACAGCUCAUAGAAAACAUAAACAACUACAUACAAUCUCUCGUCGUUAAGAUAAUAGAAGAUCUGGACAAGCACAACAUCAAGAUUUUCACAGGAUAUGGCGAAUUCCUUGAUAAACACAAUAUCAAGAUAACGGAUGCAAACUGCAGUCACAAUCUGUUGAACGGGAUGUGCAUAGUGAUCGCAACCGGGUUGAGGCCGAUAUACCCUGACAUACCCGGUGCCAAAGAGUACGGUAUAACAUCUGACGAUGUGUUCAUGCUUCCGUAUCACCCUGAGAGUGCUCUCAUCAUAGGAGCAUCUUAUGUAGCGCUCGAAUGUGCUGGGUUUCUGAACGAUCUGGGUGUAUCUUGCACUGUCAUGGUGCGCUCGGUCUUUCUUAAGAAAGUCGACCGCGACAUGGCUGACAAAAUCGAACAGAUCAUGCAAAGUCAAGGUAUUAAUUUUAUCAAAGAUUGCACGCCGACUAGCAUUGAGCCAAACGGCCACAUGCUCACCGUAAACGCGACUCACAGUGACGGAACCGAGUUCCAAGAAGAUUACCACACAGUGCUUUUUGCAACUGGUCGAGGCACAAUGGUCGAAAACAUGAACCUGAGCAAGGUCGGAAUACUCUUAAAUGACAACAAGAAAAUUAUAGUGAACCACAAAAACCAAACAACAGUGCCGAAUAUAUUUGCGAUAGGGGAUGUCGCGGUGAAUGAUGUUGAGACAUCGCCUAUAGCUACAAAAGCCGGAAGGGUCCUCAUGCAAAGGAUAUUUGGACUGUCGAAGGAUACUGUAGACUAUAGCUUCAUACCGAUGGCGAUUUAUACCAUACCAGAAUAUGGCUGGGUAGGAGUGACGGAAGAAUUCGCCAAAGGGAUAUUCCAAAGUAUAACUGUGUAUCAUAACCUGUUCAUACCGGUCGAGAGGGCCAUGACAGACAGGUCGGAUUCGAUAUGCUACGCGAAAAUCAUAUGCAGUAUGACCUGUACGCGAGAGCGAGUCGUCGGGCUUCACAUCCUCGGGCCAAAUGCGGGUGAAAUAAUACAGGGCUUCGCUCUAGCCAUCAAGCUCAAAGCAACAAAAGAAGACUUCGACAACCUCGUAGCCGUCCAUCCGACCUGCGCCGAGGUGUUCACAAAGCUCAGAAAAAGAAGUCCAUCAGACCAAGAGCCAUUCGCUGAUAUAUUCUAAAUAAAAUAUUUUUUAUAAAUAUAACCACAGGUGAAAACUUUGCCUGACUGGAAAAAGCCUGGCUACGGCACUGAACGAUAAAUCCAGCCUAACACUUCCAACCAAUCAGUCCGACAUCAAUAAUCAUCACAAAUACAAAACAGUUAGAAGAAACAUCAGAAGCAACAGAUCUGACAGUAAAAAUCUUAUCCGUAAAAGAACACAGUUAUCAAAGUCGUACCAGUUUGAUUACAUUUGCAGUUUCUGUCUGACCCAUCAUCAUAUUCAGUAUAUUUACGAUAAAAAAAUUAACUGGUUAACAAUAUUGUUAGGCUAAUAGAAACAAAAAAAUAAAAUGUAGAUGUCCGACAGACUGCGUUUACCUUCCACCUCAACAAAUUAUUACUCGGUGUGUAAUUGUAUCGCAAUCUCUACUUAUUUAUAUUUUUUUUUAAUCUUUAUGCUUAGCCAUAUCUAAAAUUGAUCUAAAACAACAUCAGGUGUGUAACAUUAAAAUUUUCCCCUCUACGCUUUGCCAUUUCAGUUCUCAUCCGACAAAAAUCCUACUCAUUCCAAAAGAGCUUAGACGCUUUUCAUUUUGCCCAGAACAUUUCCUCCUCGUACGUUUUGAUUCUGAACACGUUUUCCAGUCUUUUUUGUUUCUAAAUGCCAUGAAACCAACUGUACCCAAUCAUUAGCAAUCCCAAUCUUCACAAUUGGUAAGGAAGCUAUCACCAUAUCAGGUGUACAACUAUCCACAUUACAAAACUAUUGGAUUAUCUAGAAUGUAUGUCUGUUUUUUUAUACUCCACACAGUAAACUUGUGCUAAGGGAGUUUAUGUCCUGCUAGUUCCAAUUAAAUUAUUACCUACAAUUCUUGAGAUAUUACAUUAUUUACAUUCAAAUUGAUUGUUAUAUUUUGUUAAAGUUCAUGCUAUUUACAAAUUCUUCAGAAAAGUCUUUUAGCAAGUAUGACAAAGUUGGUGGCCAGUGUUUCCCGCUUAAAGUCUUUUUUUUUUAAUUAGAAGACUUGUAGUUCGAACAAUGAGCUUUCGACAAGAUGUUCCCACAUCUACAUUCCGAGUCAGUCUGUAGAUUGAAUCGGUAAAGGUAUGAAGCGUUCUUCCCAUGUCCCGACAGAACUUAUCUUUCUGUCGACUCGGUCUUCAAUUUCAGGAAAUAAUUUUCUCAUAUGCAAUCCUUUAUAACUUGCUUUCCAUGUUUUAGUACUGAUUGCUUUGGUACUUCCUUCAUAUGGGAUACAGGAACGGGUUAGAAGCAUGGUGCAAAAUCGUUCCCCUUUGAUCCACUUUGAGCCUGGACCCAUUCCAGCGAGAUCUCCCAGUUUUGUUACAGAUGCCAAACAAGUUUACUUAUUUGCUCUUAAUUUGUAGUUUUCAUUUUUGUGGGUUUUAACACCUGGAUAGAUGUCACACUGUCCAUCUUGAUUUCGGCUUUCUUUUUUAAUGUAUUGGCGUUAGUUCCCAGGCAUUCCAAUGCCCUAAGAAUCGUCAGCAGUUCAUCGCAAAUUAUCCUGAUAUAUAGUGUGUUAUCAUGAAAUAUCGUACCUCAUAGAUUAUGCAGUGCGUGAAUUUAUAGCAAAAACAUACUUAUCAAAAAUUCAUGCGAUAUCUGACAUGUUAAUCAUCUUUAUCACCAACUAUCAUCAAAUCUGGUAUGUGUAAUCAUCCCUAAUCAUCAUUAUAAAAUAUUAUCCUGAUAUAAUUAUAGUUCAUCCUUAGAAAACAACCUUAUUAAAAAUUACUGUGAUAUCUGACAUAUUAAGCAUCACUAUCACUAUCAUCACAUCUGGUGUGUAAAAUCAUCUUUAACUGAUUGUAAAAGCAAUCUCAUAUGCUGCUCAUAUUUUUUUUUUUUUUAAUUAUCCUUGUCAGAGAUUAUCCUUAAUUAUCCUUAUCACCGGGUCCAAUGAAUUAACAAUUCAGAAAAUAAAUUUUCCCUCGUGUCAGAUGUAUAAACAAUCUCUAAAGGAACUAUCAUCGUAUCUGUUGUAAAAGAACCGACAAUCCACCAUCACAGGUUAUCCUGAUAUCUUGGGUAUUAACUGUCCAUAUGACAAAUCAUCAUCAUGGGCAUUUAAUCAUCACUAUUAUGGAUUAUGUAGUUUGUGAAACUAUAGUUAAAACAUACUUAUCACAAAUUCACAAGAAAUCUGAUAUAUUGAUCAUCCUUAUCACAAACUAUCAUCGUUUCUGGUGUUUAUAUCAUCGUGUCUGAUGAAUUAACAAUUCAGAUCAUAAAAUAUCCAUCAUAUCUGUUGUAAGUAAACCACCCGGCAACAUCCAUCAUCACAGAUUGUCCUGAUGUCUUGUGUCCGUAUGACAAAUCAUCAUAUUUAUGUGUAAAAUUGAAAUGAAGGAGAACCUGACGCUAGGAAAACUUGGAUAGAUUUUAAAUGACAAAUAUGUGGGUUUUUUUUAAAUUUAGGAUGUUUUAAA